AUGCACUGCGCGCUGCGUGCCGCUGGCGCGCUCCUAGCAGCUUCCCCCCGGCCGCUCGCCGCGCUUGCCGCCCGCGCGUCCGCAUCUGACGCCGGCAGUUCCGGCGACGGAGAGAGCUACAGCGGGGGAAGAAACAGCGGAGGGGCGAGGAGUGGGGGAAGGGGUAGCGGGGGAAGCCUGGGGGGCGCACAGGGGGGCUGCGAGUGGGUGGGGGAGGAAGGGGAGAGCAACGGAGACAAGGCGGAGGAGAAGGUGGGGGAGGGGAAGGGGGCGGUGGGGAAGGCUGGGGAGGGGGAGGCGGAAGAGAUUGACGAGGCGGAGCGGGAGCGGCAGGAGGAGCUGCUGCGCGCGCUGGGGCUGGACUCGAGCAUCCCCGAGACGGCGAACGAGUUCCUAGAUAAGGUGUCGAGCCGCGCGUACGACAUGCGGCGGCGGCUGGAGAGCACCUUGGAGUCCACGUCGUACGACGUGGUGGACUCGAACCCGUGGCGCGACCCGUCGAAGGCGCUGUUCGUGCUGGCGCAGGGGGACGCGCAGCUCUACACCAUGCGCACGCGCACUCCGCGCAGUGAGGUGGAGAGCGAGUUGGAUAAGCUGUUCGGUGAGAGGAGAGGCAGGAAGGGAGGCAUCUCAACUGGUCCUAGUGGGAAGAGCAGCAGCAGCGCUGGCAGCAGUGGCGGUGGUGGUGGCAGCAGCGGCACCCGCACUGCUUCGCCCACGCGUUCUCGCUUCUCGAUGAAAGUGGAGGACGUGAGGGAGGGUGUCCUGGUGUUUGAGGAUGAGCAGCAGGCAGCGCAGUACUGCAGCCUCUUGGAAGGGCAGGGCCACAACUGCCUUGGAGUGGCGCAGUUUAAAGCCAAGGAUCUGUUCAAGGUUUGUCAGUCAUCCAAGGCCCUUGCUGUUCUGUUCCGUAGCGGUGUGGUUCCCCCCCAGCCCGACCGCCUGCAGCAGCACCUGGGAGCCAAAAAGAGGUCCUUGGAGGAUGACGUGUGA